GGGAGCAGCAGAAAGAGAGGGACAGAGAGGAUCCCAAGGAGGCUCCACACUAUCAUGAACUGUGAGAUCAUGACCUGAGCCAAAAUCAAGAGUGGGAUGCUUAACCAACUGAGUCAUCCAGGUGUCCCAAAGAAAUUCAGUUCUAUGGUUAAAGCAAUUCACAGUUUUUAUUUCCUUCCUUCUUUCUUUUGGUUGUUAUUGUUUUUAUUUUAUAUUUUACAUACAUGCCCCCUGACACUAGUCUUAGGGGGCAUUAUUUUUUUUUGUAAUUUUAAUUAAUCCCCGUGUGUCUCUUAUGAGCAAAAUGAUAAAACUGUGGCUCUAAUUGUUAGCACACAAUUUGAAGCAAGAAUUCUUUGUUACAAAAUUCGGGUUCCUUUCAUAUGGGAAACUUCCUAAAACAUCUUUCUAUUUAGAGCAUUGCAUUUUCACUUAGAAUUUUUAUGGAGAUAUUCUCCUUCAUUUUAAUAUAUAAGAAAAGAAGACAGAAAAUGAAUCUUAUCUGGCCUGAAAGAGGAUUUUAACUGAAUUAUUUGUAAUGUCUGGGUCAUUUUAAUGAGCGUGAGUGAAAGUGAAAGAUAUUAAAAGAUGCAGAUAAUUUCCAGAAUACAUAUCUGUUUUAGAAUUCUUCUCCAGAAAACCUUUGGAAUUAAAUUUCCUCUUAAAAUAUUGAAUUUUUUUAUAAUAUUGUAAGAGAGAAAAUACUCAUAUUUAUUUUUUACUCCUGUUUUUACCAUAUUCCCACAGGGAGAAAAGUAUACCAAUGUAUCCAAGAUAUGGUAAGUCAUUUAUAAUUAGCAAUAAAUAUCUAGAUCAUAUAUAAAAGCAAUUCUGCAAGUACAAGUCAGAUAAUAUCCAUUGACUUUAGAACUGUCAUAGAUUUUUCUAUUUUCAUGCAGAUGCAAUAGUCAAAACUUCCUGAUUAAAUGCAACUAAUAUGAGAAGAUUGAUGUGUUUGAAACCAAAGAAAAAUAAUAAAGUGAAAUGAGAUGAAGGAACAAUGGGGAUGUACUACAUCGGGACAAAAUAAUUAAUGAAUAUUAAUUAUUAGAAUAUUUCAAUCAUAUAAAAAUAUGUAAUUGUCAUUAUUUCUAUAUUUCACAUAUUUUUUAAGUGUUUUAGUGAGCUAAGGACUUUUGAAUAAACGCUGUAAGUUGACAUUGGUACAGUUUUCUAGAUGUUAUAAGUAUUUUUUCAAUAAUUUAUAAGAUAUACAAAGAAAAUACAUUUAAAGUCAUACUUAUAUUUACUUAGAACAUUUAAACAGAAUUCAGCUCAUCUGGAGAUGAUCAGCUCAAAUUUAAAUUAUCUUUCAAUUGCAAAUAGGGAAAAAGAAAAAAUUCAAUACUGUUAUAACUGUGGCUCAAAUGGAACAAUCAGAGGCUGCAUAGGUUGAUCUAUGCUAUAAUUUUAAGUAUCAUCUGUCUUGUUAAAUUGGAUCAACCUUUUAAACUUGUUUACAUUUCUGACUAUGUUUAUCUUUCUGUCUGUAGUUUUUUAAAAAAAAUUUUCUUCUUUCCACUUUUGGGGUUGUUUUCCUAUGUCUAUUUCAUAGGACUCAAAUCUGAAAUGAGGAAUCAGUCAAGAGAGAUGGAGUUCAUUCUCCUAGGACUGACCAAUGACCCACAACUGCAAAUUGUGAUUUUUGUAUUUCUCUUUCUAAAUUAUGUGUUGAGUGUAAUGGGGAACUUAUCCAUCAUCCUUCUUACCUUGCUAGAUCCUCGCCUCAAGACUCCCAUGUAUUUUUUCCUCCGAAAUUUCUCCUUCUUGGAAGCUUCAUUGACAACAGUCUGUAUUCCCAGAUUCCUGAUAAGCAUCGUGACUAAAAACAAAACAAUAUCCUAUGAUAGUUGUGCAUCUCAGUUAUUCUUUUUCCUCUUAUUAGAAAUUACAGAAUUUUACCUACUGGCUGCCAUGUCUUUUGACCGUUAUGUAGCAAUCUGCAAACCCCUACAUUAUCCAGUGAUUAUGAACAACAAAGUGUGUUACCAACUUCUAUUCAGUUCAUGGACAUCAGGCUUUCUAUUUACAUUUCCACCAUUGGCCUUGGGACUGACAUUGGAAUUCUGUGCUUCCAGAGUAAUUGAUCAUUUCAUGUGUGACAUUUCCCCUGUGCUGCAGCUUUCUUGCACUGACACUCAUUUCCUGGAAUUAUUUUCAUUUGUCUUAGCUAUUUUAACACUCCUGGUCACAUUGCUGUUAGUGAUUCUUUCUUACACAUAUAUUAUCAAGACCAUUCUAAAAAUCCCCUCUGCUCAGAAAAGAACAAAGGCUUUUUCUACUUGUUCUUCUCAUAUAAUUGUGGUCUCCCUUACUUAUGGUAGCUGUAUCUUUAAUUACAUAAAACCAACAGCAAAGGAAAGGGUGACUUUAUCCAAAGGUGUAACUGUUAUCUAUACCUCAGUUGCCCCUUUAUUAAACCCUUUCAUUUACACUCUAAGAAACCAGCAAGUGAAACAAGCCUUCAAAGAUAUACUCCAAAAGAUUUUCUCUUUUUUCAAAAAAUGAAAAGAAACUUUAAUUUUUAAAUCUUGGAGAAACAAGUAAAUAGAAAUGUUUACUCAUUUCAUAAGUUAAUUUAACCUGCCCUUCAAUUAGUUAACCUGACAAUAUUUUAACCAGAGCUUUCAGCACAAUACAUCUAUCCUUUCCUGUUUCUCUUUAUGAUUAGCAUUCCUUUCUGUGCCUCAGCAGGAGUCCUCUCUUUAGUUAACAACACAAAUGUUAAAUUUCAUUUACUUUACAAAACAUGGUACUGACCUCCUCAAAAAAAAAAGUAUUAGAUAUUCAUCAUAAGAAUGUUAUCAAUUAUACAGACAUCAAUAUAACAACAUGCGCUACCACUGGGGCUCUAGGAAAUUCUUCAAAUGUCAUUCCAAUAUUUUCAACAAGGCAAGAAAAAAAGGCAGGCUUCAAAUCAUAAAAGGCUCAUAUGUCCUAAAAUGCACCAGGACUUUAUCUGGUAGGUCUAGAGACCUAAAAAUCUGGAGUGAAUAAGAAUCACACACCUGGUUAGCUUUUUUUAAACAAAGUCAAUGUUCUUAUCCCUAAAAUGUCUUUUCAAUUUGUCUGGAUUGAUGUAUAGAAACAUGGACUGUAGCCGAUUCUGAUGCAUGUGGCUCCAAUGAGAGUUUUAUUUCUUGUUGUUGUUUUUUUUUUAAUGUUUAUUUAUUUUUGAGAGAGAGACAGAGAGCAGAGAAGGGGCAGAAAGAGAGGGAGACAGGAGCCAAAGUGGCUCCAUGCUGACAGCAGAGAGCUGGGGCAUCCACAAACCCUAAGAUCAUGACCUGAGCUGGAGCCAGAUGCUUAACUGACUGAGCCACCCAGGCACCCCGAGAGUUUUCUUUUUUAAUAUAAGAACCUAUGCAAGUAGAUUUUUAUUUUUAAAGACUGCUAUGUUAAACAUAUUGAGGAUGGGUUUUUGGAUGUUGGAGUCAGGAAGACAAGUUAGAGGGCUAAUAUUUUAAACGAAAUGAGUUUUCUGAGAGUUGAAAUGCAAUAGAGUCAAUGAAUCUGAAGCUCCAGGUGAUGGUUCCAGGGAUAUUUAGGAAAACAAACUGAGCCAAACUGUUGAACAUUUGGAUAUAUGGCAUAAAUGAAAACAGACUUUUUGUGUCUUCCUUGGACUUUCCUUCUGCCCACUCCUGCAUGUACUCACUCAUAUAUUUAAUUCUUUUAAAGAAGGGAGCAUUACUGAUACCCUGUCAGAUUUUUUAAAAAUGACCUUCAAAGAAAUCCCUGAAAUAUAUAGAGUCCCAUAUUGAAUAUAAUUUUCCAUCAGAGAAACAUGAGUGAAAAAAUCACUAAGGUAUUUAAUGCUGUAACUACUAUGCAUGUGGCCCUGAAAAGAAAAAAAUUAAGUUCAGGUUUGUGUUCUGAUUUAUUUUACUAUUUUAAGCCUGCACUGUUAACCAUCUUCUUUUCUAUGGCAAUUAGAAGGAAAUAACCUCAAGUUAUUAUAUUCUAGGCCCCCAAGCUUUCUAAUAAGCUCUUUAAAAACUACUAGGCUCUUAUUAGAUAUGGUUUGUGAGUAUUUUUUCAGUCGUUGGGUUGUUGUUUCACUUUCUUGAUAGUGUACUUUGGCCACAAAAGUUUUAAUUUUGAUGAAGUCAAAUGUAUUUAUUUAUUUAUUUUAUUUUGUUACUGGUGCUUUUGGUGUCAUAUUUGAAAAAUCAUUGCUUAAUCCAAAGUUGCAAAGAUGUAUAUUUAUCAUUUAUUUUAAGAAAUUUAUAGUUUUAGAUCUUAUAUGUAGGUCUUUGAUUUCUAUUGAGUUAAUUUUUGUGUAUGGUUUGAGGUACAGAUUAAAGUCACAUUUUGCAUAAAAAUGUUCAGUUAUCAUUAACAUGAUUUGUUGAAAAGGAUAUUAUUUCCCCAUUAAUAAUCUUGGCACCCUUGUGAAAAAUCAAUUAACCAUCCAUGUAUGGGUCUAGUAUAGGAUUCUCAGUUCUCUUCCUUUGAGCUAUGUUUAAUUGCUAUUUCAGUAUCUCACUGUCUUGAUCAAAGUAGUUUAUAUUAAGUUUUGACAUUAGAAAGUAUUACUUUCAAUUUUGUUCCUCAUUUUCAAUACUGUUUUGAUUAUUCAGGGUCCUUUGAAAUUCCAGAUGAAUUUCAGGAUUAGCUUGGCCAUUUAUGCAAAAAGAGCAGUUGAAAUUUUAAUGAGGAUUGCACUGAUUCCAUAGAGUAGAUAAGUUUGGGCAAUAUUGCCAUCUUAAUUAACAAUGUCAAAUCUACUAUCCAGUAACAUGGGAUGCCUUUAUUU